AUCUUCAGGUGAAAUUUUCGGAAAUUGUUAGUUUUGGUGAGAGACAUCAGAAGCUUGUAGCUGCCGGCUGGCCAAUCAGAUCCCACCGUUGUGCCUUUCUGAAGCUAUAUUACAUUGCUGUACACCCAGUCUCUCUGCAGCGUCUCCAGCUCUCGUAUCCUUUAAACAGCAUUUAGUCCUUUUUUUUAUUUUCUCCCCCCUUUUCCACGCACACACAUGCAUCCUCAAGAGAAAGCCGCAGUGAAAAGAGCUGUGGAUGUGUAACCGUUAUCGAAGGGCUAAACCCGUGCCAUUUCAGCACCUGUGUUGUGCGGAAUCGAAGGCGAGAAAGGAAGACACACACACACACACACAGUGCGAGUAUUAGGAACCCCGAGUGAUUGGAUUCUAUGGACAUGAUGUUGACGCGAAUUGUGUUCGUGGGAUUGGUUUGCUGUUCUCUUGUCUCGCCCGUGAACGCCUGUGGGCCAGGCCGGGGCUACGGGCGGAGGAGACACCCCCGAAAACUGACCCCACUCGGUUACAAGCAGUACAUCCCCAACGUGGCCGAGAAGACACUGGGAGCAAGUGGCAGAUACGAAGGCAAAAUAACCCGGAACUCGGAGAGGUUCAAGGAAUUGACACCCAAUUACAAUCCGGACAUUAUUUUUAAAGACGAAGAGAACACGGGAGCUGACAGGCUGAUGACACAGAGAUGUAAAGACAAAUUGAAUUCCCUGGCGAUCUCAGUGAUGAACCAAUGGCCCGGGGUGAAGCUCAGGGUGACAGAGGGCUGGGAUGAGGACGGCCAUCACUCGGAGGAGUCGCUGCAUUACGAAGGCCGGGCCGUGGACAUUACCACCUCGGACCGUGACAGGAGCAAGUACGGCAUGUUGGCCAGGCUGGCGGUGGAGGCGGGCUUCGACUGGGUCUACUACGAGUCCAAGGCCCACAUUCACUGUUCAGUCAAAGCAGAAAACUCGGUGGCCGCCAAGUCUGGAGGCUGCUUCCCAGCCUCAGCCCGAGUGAGCCUGGAGAACGGUUCCACCAAAGCGGUGAAGGACCUGAGAGCGGGAGACCGGGUGCUGGCGGCGGACCGUGAGGGCAGGCUCCUCUACACCGACUUCAUCAUGUUCCUGGACACAGCCCGGGAGGCCAGCAAGGUGUUCUACGUGAUCGAGACGCGGGAGCCCCCGACGAGGCUCUCCCUCACAGCGGCUCACUUGCUGUUCGCCGGGCAGCAGCGGCGGCGGAGCCCGGGGCAGCCCCGGUUCCGGGCCACCUUCGCCAGCAACGUGAAGCCGGGCCAUCUGGUCUACGUGCCGGACGGAGACGGCCAGCGAGUGCGGGCCGCCACCGUCGAGAAGGUUUAUUUGGAGGAGAGGGAAGGGGCUUACGCCCCACUGACUGUGCAGGGCACCCUCGUGGUCAAUCAAGUCCUGGCCUCUUGCUAUGCCGUGAUAGAGGAUCAUGCACUGGCUCACUGGGCGUUCUUGCCGGUUAGGAUGAGUUACGCGGCCAAGUCCUUAUUUUCACUCAGUGACUCGUUCACAGCCAACAUUACUGGCCAAGAAGGCGGCAUCCACUGGUACUCCAGCGCCCUGUACCAAAUAGGCAGAUGGGUUUUGGACCAGGCAUCUAUUCACCCACUGGGGAUGGCAUUGGACUCCAGCUGAAGUCUUUCUACAGCGAAGGGGAAUCUCUCCCAAGAAGAAACUUUUACAAUGAACCACCCUCCCACCCACACACCCACCCAACCACCCUCACCAACACCCACACACACACAGAAAUCCAGUAGAAUUUCAGCUUGAGACCCCAGUUGUUUUGCUGUUAUUGGGGAUUUGGGGGAAUAUUUAUUUCGUUUGCAUUCGCAUUUUCUCUCACUAUCUGUUUGUUUCUGCUUUUUUUUUGUUUAUCCAAAACAAACGUGGAACUUCGAGGGCCUUAAAAAGAAACUCCUUUGAUAAUUUAUUCCCAGGUGAACUCUCUUUGACCCUAGCAGGAAGAAAAUAAUUUUGUGUGGUCGAUCAAGGAGCGCAGAAUAUAUUUUUCUACAAAAGUCUGAUAUCGUGAAACAUUUCAGUAUCUUCAGCAACGAGGUCCCUUCGGACUAUCGACGCGUCUAACCUUGUGUUCCGCUCUCACAUUGCCUUGUUCUCGUUUUCUCUUCCUUCUGGACAAAGUUACGCUACGUUGGGGGGGUCCAUAAAUUAUAUUUUUAUACACAGAAUUGUAAAUUAGAUUUUGGAGAGAUCAUUACUUAACUGAAUCACAAUUCGUUGUUUGAAAUAGUGUAAAAUACGAGAAUAUAUUAUUUUAAUUUAAAAUCUAGGUGCAAAAAAUAUAACGUUUUGACCAUCCCAGUUACAUUUUUUUUGUUUAUUGUUGAACAUGCUAUUUUGUAAACCCAGAUGCGUCGUGGCCAAUGGUGGGCGCCAGACAAAAAAAAAGACAUUUGUCCAUUUGUCACACAGCGGCGCCUUUAUCACUUACAACUGGGACUGAAUUCUAUGGGAAGAAAUUAUUUUUUAAAAGCGAGGAAACUUGAGAAAGAAUAUUAACAUUCUAAUGAAAAUAGUAGUUUGUACAAAGUUUUUUUUUGCAUACGAAUUAAAAUUCGACAAAAGCAGUUGUAAAUUUACUAAACCGUAUUAUUUGCAUAUUUUGUAAUAGUUUAAUACAGUAGUUUUAUAAUAUAGAAAUGUGCCAAAAUGCUCUCUUUGAAUAUUAUUAAAAUAUACAGCAUUUCAAGUACACUGAA